AUGGGAGAAACUCCUUCUCUCAUCGACAACAACAUCUUCAUCUCCUCCUUCUUCCUCAUCACCGUUACUGUCUUCUUCUCCUUCAUCAAUCGCUUCUUCUCCACUAAGUCGUUCUUUCGCGCAAACAAGUUGGUGCUCUUGCUCGGCACCACCGCCGGGGCUGUUUGGCUCCAUUCACUCCUGAGCUCGGACACACCCAGCAGCUGCUUGGCCACCACCAUGGAGGUCAAGAUGAAAGGCUGGCCUCAAGCCACAGCGCUCUAUCUCACCGUCAUUCUUUGCUUCCUCGCCGGUCCCCUCAAUGCUGGUCCGCUUCAAGGCAAUCACCGCACCAAAGGCCACGUCUCUGUCGUCAGUAACUGGCGUCAUACACCCACCUCUCACCACGGCUACCAUGGUCCCACUCUGAGUGCUUCAAAGGAGGUGGCAGCUCAUCCCUCACAUGACAUGGUCUCCUCGCUCGCAUCUGUCAACCACGUGUCCGCUCUAGGGCGUCGAGACGGAGAUGACGACGGCGAGGACAAAGCUCACCAUAACUGGGCACUAGUCUGCGACAACAGAGAAUGGACCACCAUGUGCCAAGGCAGUGGCUACUAUUGUACCUCGUCAGGCAAGUUGAAGAACAAGGGCCGGGACCUUUUGUGCUCAAUGAUCUGCACUUGCGAGAACCUCGUACCUGCGCCCAAACCUUGUGUUAUCAACAACAAAGGCUCCAAAGCAUGUGCAGUGGCCAACAACUUGGUGUUGGAUGCCACAACUGGCGAGAUUAUCGGCAAUGUCUCCGACGCGAGCAUUCUUCCCAAUGGCGCCAUGGACUUUACUACAGCAAUCGCGAGGCGCGAUACAGAACUCAGCCACGACUAUGCACUAGUCUGUCACGACCGCGUUCUCACAGGACUGUGCCAGAGCUCAGAACACAGCUAUUUUUGCAACGGCCUUAGGACGGUCAACCAUAAAGGCCAGGCAGAAAUCGCUUGCGAAACCCACUGCACUUGCGUCAACAUCGCUCCAAAGCCGUGCCUCCUUGGUGGAGUCGUGCCUGUCGCCUGUGGUUUCAAAGAUGGGAUGGUCUUUGACACGAUCGAUGGGACCGUUAUUGGCAACCUUACGGACGCCCAAGUCCUCGGUAAUGGCUCUCUGAGUUUUCCGCAGACCAAUGCACUGGUGAAGCGUCAUGACUACGGCUUGGUAUGCUAUGACCGCGAGAACACUGCCUGGUGUGGUUCGACGUACGAAUAUUACUGCACAGCGAGGGGUGCUCUGGUGUCCAACAGCGCCGGUGAUUACUGGUGUGAGCACAAUUGUGACUGCAUCAACCUUAAGCCCCAAAUUGCAUGCUUCCCAAAUGCAGCCCUUCUCACUUCAUGCCUGCUCAAAGGAAAGAUGGUCUAUGCUGACAACGGAACCCUUCUGGGAAACGUUAGCGAUGCAUAUGUCUACGCCAAUGGUACAUUGGACUUCCGCAAAGCGGUUACGAGAGAUUUGACCAUGGUAUCCAGCGACUCAAACCAAAUAAUAUGCAAGACGCAGCAAUCCUCUCAAGUGUCUCCUUUUGAUGGCGGUUUGGUCUAUGACAAGAACUUGACCACGUUCUGCGCCACCCACGGCUACUUCUGCGCCAGCGACCCUGCACGCGCAAGAUUGGAUUUGACUUUACAGCCCGGCUCGAAAGACAUCACUGAGUGCGAUGCCGGUUGUGAGUGCCCCACGGAAACCUGGAAGCGUCAAGCAAUUGAGCAAGAGCUAUCGCAGCCUUCCCCAACACCCAUUGGCGUGACCAUUCAGGACCUUCUCCUUGGCUGCAGUUCGAACGAUGGGUUGACCCAAGAUAGCUGGUCAUUCAAUGAGACUUUGACCGAGUACUGCAAGAGUCAUGGCUAUGACUGUGCCAUUGAGCCAGGACCGGUUUAUGUCUUGCAACAUCCCAAGAAUGCCGUUGAUGUUUGUCAAGUUGGCUGCGCUUGUCCGCCAUCACCACGACGCCUUUUGUCUGCAAGAGCCAACGCAGAGCCGAGAGCAGACGACAUGGGGACUGUCCCAACAACCAACAGCUUUGAUCCCUUUGGCAUGACCUGUUCGUUGUCGCGCAGCAGAUCCAAUGAAUCAUUCACCCGUCAUUGCCAACAGGAAGGCUAUUCAUGCGUCACCAUGAUGGGCACUGUUCUACGAACUCUCUCUCACAACGGUACCGAGAAUCAUGAAUGCACUCACAACUGUCAAUGCCGGAAUCCUUUCGGUCUCGAUGACCGUUCAGGACAAGUGGGAAUGUCUGUUACUGAAGACGAGACUCCGGACUCUACGGCCGUUGCCCCUCCCAGCGGCGUUCCAAGUCAAUCCUCCAGCCCAUUCGCCCUCAACUGUGGCAAUGUGGCAGAUGGUCCUGGCUUCUGUCAGUCGUCUGAUCUGGGUUACUUUUGUGGCUACAACAUGACUGUUAUGCGGACGACCACGGUCCAAAAUCAGGGUGUGACUUGGUGCGACUAUUACUGCAGCUGUAUCUUCAAGAACCCCGUCGCUUGCGUCAACGAGUGGAACGUUCCUUUCUGUCGCGAAAUGCCGGAUGGCACUGUUCGUGAUGCUUCGAAUAUGCAGGUCGUCCUUGCGUACAUUCAGGAUGUGGUCAUACUACCCAACAAUUCCAUCUUGCUGGAUCGUGGCCAGGACGGUGGCUUCCCGUUUGUGGCUGCGAUGCAUGGUGCACAGGAGCCUGGCCGAAACGACAGCAGUUCAGAUUCCGGAGAUUCGCCUCGCUGGACAGACUGGCCCAUGAAUGGCACAGCAAACAGCUGGUGGAAUAGGACUGGCCGCGCUGAUGACUGA